CUUGAACAAAAUGGCUUCUUUUUGUUCUGUUUGGAGAAGAAGCAGCAUUCUUUUCCUGUUGCUUUGUGUUCUUGUUGCUCAAAUUAGUACUUGUUUUUCAUCCAAGGUGUAUGUGGUUUAUAUGGGAAGCAAAAAUGGUGAAGACCCAGAUGAGAUUUUGGCGCAAAACCAUCAAAUACUCGCUUCUGUUCAUACAGGAAGCAUAGAGGAUGCUCAAGCAUCUCACAUUCAUAGUUACCGACAUGGUUUCAAAGGCUUUGCUGCAAGGUUGACUGAUCACCAAGCUUCCCAAAUUUCAAAGAUGCCUGGAGUUGUUUCGGUUUUUCCCAACUCGAAAAGGAGUUUGCACACUACACAUUCUUGGGAUUUCAUGGGUCUUCUGGGUGAACAGACCUUGGAGGUUUCCGGAUUCAACAUCAAGAACCAAGUAAAUGUCAUAGUCGGUUUCAUCGAUACUGGAAUUUGGCCGGAAUCUCCAAGUUUUAAUGAUGCCAACAUGCCUCCAGUGCCAGCUAGGUGGAAGGGGGUUUGUCAAUCAGGAGAGGCAUUCAAUUCUUCAACUUGCAACAGAAAAGUGAUUGGAGCUAGAUACUAUAAGUCCGGUUAUGAAGCAGAGGAAGAUUCAGCAGACACAGUGGCAUUCAGUUCUCCAAGGGACAGUGCCGGUCAUGGCAGCCACACAGCCUCUAUAGCUGCUGGUCGUUAUGUGUCAAACAUGACUUAUAAGGGAUUGGCAUCUGGAGGAGCUAGAGGAGGUGCACCAAUGGCGAGAAUUGCAGUAUACAAAACUUGUUGGGACACUGGUUGUUACGAUGUUGACUUACUUGCAGCUUUUGAUGAUGCAAUUAGAGAUGGGGUUCACAUUCUAUCUCUGUCUCUCGGCCCUGAUGCGCCUCAGGGAGACUAUUUCACUGAUGCCAUUUCUGUGGGGUCAUUUCAUGCUGCUAGGCAUGGAAUUCUAGUGGUUGCUUCCGCUGGAAAUGAAGGAAACCCUGGUUCUGCAACAAAUCUUGCCCCGUGGAUGAUCACUGUUGCUGCAAGUUCAACAGAUAGGGAUUUCACUUCUGAUAUCGUUCUAGGAAAUGGUGUUAAUCUCACGGGUGAAAGCCUCAGUGUCUUUGGAAUGAAAGCCUCAGCAAGCAUCAUUUCCGCCUCUGAAGCCUUUGCAGGGUACUUCACUCCAUAUCAAUCCAGUUAUUGUUUAGAAAGUUCCUUGAAUAAGACCAAGGCCAGAGGGAAGGUUCUGGUCUGUCAUCAUGCUGAGAGUUCAACAGAGUCAAAGCUUGCAAAAAGUGUGGUAGUUAAAGAAGCUGGUGGUGUCGGGAUGGUUCUUAUCGACGAGGCAGAUAUGGAUGUUGCCGUCCCAUUUGUUAUCCCUUCAGCAAUUAUUGGAAGGAGGACAGGAAAACAUCUUCUAUCUUAUAUUAAUCGCACACGCCGACCAAUGGCGAGAAUUCUCCCUGCAAGGACUACACUGGGAUUGAAACCCGCACCUCGUGUUACAGCAUUUUCUGCAAAAGGUCCCAAUGCUUUGACACCACAAAUUUUGAAGCCUGAUAUCACAGCUCCUGGACUGAACAUACUUGCAUCUUGGUCCCCAGCAGUAGCUGAUAAGCAGUUCAACAUUCUUUCUGGUACUUCCAUGGCUUGCCCACAUGUAACAGGAAUUGCCGCCUUGAUAAAAGCCGUUCAUCCUUCAUGGUCCCCAGCAGCUAUUAGAUCUGCGAUCAUGACUUCUGCUACUCUUCUGGACAAGAAGCACAAGCCGAUUAUAGUGGACCCUGAAGGCAAAAAGGGUAAUGCAUUUGAUUAUGGCUCAGGCUUCCUGAACCCAACCAGAGCACUUGAUCCGGGUCUUGUCUAUGAUGCACAGCCAGCAGAUUAUGUAUCAUUCCUUUGUUCAGUUGGAUAUGAUGAGAAGUCAUUGCAUCAAAUCACACUAGACAACAGUACAUGUGCUCAGGCAUUCAGAACAGCAACUGACCUCAACUAUCCAUCUAUCACUGUACCAAAUCUCGAAGGGAACAUCUCAGUAACUAGAACAGUUACCAACGUUGGGAAGCCAGAGAAUAUCUAUAAAGCCGCUGUGUCCUCACCUAAAGGAAUCAAUGUAACUGUCAUCCCAAAUCGACUUGUCUUCACCAGCCUCGGCCAGAAGAUAAGCUUCACUGUGAAUUUUAAGGUGGUUGCUCCAUCAAAGGGAUAUACAUUUGGGUUCUUGUCAUGGAUGAGUGGAAGAUCGAGGGUUACCAGCCCUCUGGUUGUCCAAGUUGCACAUUCAAACUCAGGGCUGAUGAGAUAACAGCCUAAUGGAAAAGUUAAGUUAGCUUUAGGACAUUGAUAUUCGUAGUUCAGAUACCAAAACCUUACACAGUAAGAUGCCAAUGCAGAACCAAGUGAAGAUUAGUAUUCCAAGUUGCCUAUAGUUAAGCUUGAAGAUUGAUUGAUUACCAGAUUAUUUGUUUUUUCUUUGGCCUAUAUGAGCAAAUGAAAGAAAGCUU